CAGAUUUAUGGUUUUCAUCACGAACUGACAUCAGCUAUUGUGCCUAAACGCUAUUCGGACAAAUGGGUGUUUGAAUUGCACCUAGAUUUAAGAUCUGUUACCCUGAUUGGUUGGUUCAUAAAUUAUAGUCUCACAUGAAUGUAUAAUGUAAUAUGUAUAUUGUAGCUCUCAUAACGUUUAUUAUGUAUACCAGUUAUCCACUUUCUAGCUGCCGGAAUGACGUUUGACACAUACUUAUGAUCAAUGGAAAUGGGCCUCGAAUUUUUCCCAGGCGAAUUUUGAAUAUUGAGUAACCGAGGGUUAUUCAGUUUGUUAGUGGCGUGGUCGAAAUGGACGCGGGUUUACUUAUAGGCGCACAGACGCUCACAUUUCCUGACUAUCCGGAUAUUGAGAAAGCUUAUGUAUCUCAUCUGUCGUCAUCUACUCAGUCGAAAGCUCCGGAAACACUGGUAUUCUGUAAUUUUCUCGCUAACAUUUCAAGAAAACGGGGUCUUUGGCACAAGAAAUUCAAAAAGCUAGAGAACAUAUCAAAACAUCAUUGGAUCGCGUUGCUGUAUCCCGACCUUUCGACGUUGGACGUCUUGAUGAACUUGAAAAACGUAAGUCGUUCCCUCCAGUAAUGAUAUUUUUAUACUGACUUUAAUAAACGAAGACUUUAUGUUAAAUAGGUGACUGCUUUAAUUUAUUUGGAUGUUCAGCUGUAUGGCGACUUGAAAAGUGCGUAUUUCAGAAUUGUGUUUUUAGUAUGAUAAUAAGUUGUAUAGUAAAUAAAAUCCAUACUAUUGAUUUUGUUAAAUUCUCUAUUACUCGGUGGUAAUUGAUAGAAUAGGUUUUUUUAUUGUGACUUAUUUGCUCAUUAACUUACACUUUGUUCUUUUGACUUCACUCUCUAUCUCGUCUUGUUCUACAUAAAUCGCUUUUGUCCUACUAAUAUUCAUCCCUACUUACGAACUCUGCUUGGUUAUUUGGAUAAGCUUUCAUACAGGUUUAUCAUUUUGUCAUCACUUCUCGUUAGGUGGCGUCAUUGUUUACUGAUGUUUUCUUUCAUAGUAUAAAUUCUCAGUUACUACUGAUUUAAUCUUUGUUUACUUCAACCAAAAACCUCAAUUAUACUUCUGCGGCUUUAAGAAUUCCAGUGACUUGGUAGAUUCAUUUGACCUAAUUCUUUGAUCAAUCUGUUUUUCUUAAUUUACGCUAGAGCUAGGCUUUGUUGUGCGCCUAGCAAACAGUGCCUUGUAGUGUUUAGCACAUAACUUAAUCACUCAUAAUAACCUCAGUUCAGAGGAAAUGACUUCCAUUAUAAGCUGUUCUAUUUCCGAACAUCCUUAGACUCCAAUGAAUGGCUGGAAGCCAGUGAUAGGAUCUUAAUUAAGUGAAAAAACAAUAGAUCUUUGGAAUUUUACUUCUGGGAACAUAAUGACGAUCAUUUUAAGAAAUUAAAAUAUGAAAUCGGUUAAAUUUAACAAGUAACAACUUUGAACAUUGAUACACGAACUUUGGAUCCCAUAAUAGAUCAAUAUUAGACAAACAAUCACCACCUACAUGUAGAAAUAUGGUUUAAAAAAUGCCUGUUUCUUUUGAAGCCCACGUUCAGGCUUCGAUAUGCUUUGGUGGAUGCAAAUGAGUCCGCGUCCUCCUUGGACGCAGUGAUAUUACCACAGAGGGUUAGCGCACUCUUCAUUUCUAAAGAAUUAGUGGUGUCACUUGUUAACCUAUUCGUCAUUAUUUCGUUUCUCGUUAUCACAACCGUCGAGGUUUUUCUGUUUCAUUUUUAAAAUGUUGCGUUUAAUUUUAAUGAUAAUAACAAUCACACUUUUCAUAUAGUUGUUACCAGUCUUGUUAGUCGCAUAUCAGAUCUGGAGUCACGCAUAAGCACUAUGAAGUUGAGUAAUGAUCCUCAUGAUGUAGUUGGAGAAAAAUCAGAUUCAGAGCCUGAUCUUUUUGGUUCAGACAGCGAGGAGGAUAAAGAAGCUGAGCGUAUCAGGAGUGAGAGAGAAGCCGAAUACCUUGCAAAAAAAGCUCUAAAGCCUGUUGUGGCGGCAAAGUCAAGUAUCACCCUUGAUGUGAAACCAUGGGAUGAUGAAGUAGAUAUGGAAGAACUUACCUCUUUGGUGAAAGGUAUUAAAGUAGAUGGCCUUUUAUGGGGUGCAUCCAAAUUAGUGCCCAUCGCUUUUGGCAUAAAGAAGCUCCAAAUCUGUUGUGUUGUUGAAGAUGACAAGGUUGGAACUGACUUCCUUGAAGAAUCUAUAAAGGAAUUUUCGAAACAUGUCCAAUCUGUAGAUAUUGUAUCAUUCAACAAGUUGUAAUGAAAAACAGGAAUUGUAAUAUAUAAUGGACCGAAUCAGUAAA